GAAAGUGAAGAGGUUUGCCGUGCGUGUGCGUUAGAAAAGUUUCGGAGAAAGUGGCACGUUUCGAUCGGUUCCGCGCGGGUAUGAGAGCACGACUUAAUUCGAGGCGGUGGUGAAAGAAGGGAGGAUUCUUUGCCCUCCUCCGCGUCGUCAACAUCCACGCGUUCCCAUGUUCAGAUGGUUAAGGACUCGUGGUGCGUACGUGUUCGAACUGCAAAAGUUGUCCCCGCCUGUGUCAGCCGUGUUAUCCUUCGUUUUUUUUUUUCUACGGACGCUUGACGAACGAACGAACGGUGGGGGUUUUUUGAUGCGUUUCGUGAUCGAAAACGAAUUUCGAUGCGGGGUUUUGCGGAAAGCGUCAUCAAUUUUUCGCACCGAAACACGUGUAGCUGAAGCAUAACUACUGCCUUAAGGAUUACCCCCUCGGCUCCGGUUGCAGCAGACCCAGCGCCACCAGACGGAUUACCCACACCCGGUUUUUAACGGACCCGGUUAAGACGACCGACGACUUCAUGAACAAGGAUUACCAGUGUGCUCGUCCUGUUUGUGUUUGUGUGGGUGUAUAUUCUUGUAUUUUUUUUAUGUUCCACCUGGGUCUGUCUAUCUUCCACAUUCCGUGUGUUGAUUGGCGGACGGGAAUAAAAAAGCGGAAAUAGCUUGGCGUGUGGAAAUUUUAUAGUCAGUAAAUAGAAUGGAAUCAGCAAGGUGAUUCACAUCGUGUUUUUCUGGUUGUGGAAUUUAGUGCACCGGCAAAGCGAAGAAAAAGUGACGAAACGAAACGAAACAAAACACGGAUAGUGUGCCAAAGUGUGCAUCAGUAGUCAGCAUCAACGAACAGGAUGGGGGAGUAAUUUAAGGGUGUACAAUCGAUACAACUUUUCAUCAGACAAGGAUUACCGAACGGAUUAGCUGAGUACGGAUUCAGUUGGCUGGCAGUUAGUGAAAUACAGGAUUACACGUCGUGAUUUAAUUGGAUUAUCCACAGAAUUACAACCAAUAUUGGACCGAAAGUGUGUGCUGAAUAGUUUGAAUGUGGGAAAAGUGCAAUGUUCUAAAUACUAAAUUAGUGUCAACCUGAGAUCCCGGUAAGGCAACCGAAAAGUGCGCUGCUUAUGCUAAUCGAAAUGACUGCGUACCGUCCCGUCAGAUGAUCCCGAGCAGCAGGGUUGCCAAUCCACCGAAAACACUAUCCUCGGCACGUCGAACCACCAAAGCCUCCCUUGAUUGGGAUUUACCGAGCGUUCAAACGGGAACGGUAAAACGUCGGCCCUGUUCGCAGGGAUCCAAGGAGGCAACGCCUACUAGUUCAUCUCCACCGGAAAACCGGCAACCGUUUACCAUUGAGAUCGAUAUAACAGCUGCAGUCAACCGUGAUGACACCCGGCAGGAUGAGAAAACUGCGGCCAUCGGUGCCACUGGAGAGGAGAAGGAAGCCAGUGUUCCUAAUCGAGGAAACAUGAAAUCCAUUGGUGGAUCCACGAAACAGUCGAAAAUCGCAAUACUUCGACAGAAGGCCGACGAUGGCAAUAAAAAAUCAAAAGGGAAAAACACUGCGGGAGACCUAAAGAGUCCCCCGGCAGCAUCGAAAAUAUCCAUCUUUCAGAAAACAUCCAAUCUACUAGCGAAAACAGCCAACGACAAUAAAGCCCCAGCUCUCCCGUUGCAGCAAAAACUUAAAAACAACAUAAUCCCUCCGAAAAAGCCAGUCAAACAAUCAACCAUCACCAUCGGUGGAACGUUGGAAAGAAGAGAAAAGCAAACCUCCACCGGAACAGCGACGAACGCCGGUCGAAGCCAGAAAAAAGUUUCCUUCUUCCCAAGUCCGCCGGCCGAGGCCAGCGGAAGUGGUGGAAACGCGGUUGUUUCAAUCAAAUCCAGCACGGUAAAAACGACUGUUCGUUCCCGGCAGCAAUCGCUCAGUGACACCGCCGGCGUACAGUUUAAAGAACUUUAUCGGGAUUUUCCGGCAUCGGUCGGUGCGAGCGAGUCGACCCUGUCAGACGCGGAUCAAGUUCACACUUCUCCGUUGUCGCCAGUGCCACCGCCGCCGUUGCCCCUAUACCGAGAUCCUCCGCCGCCGCCUCCUCCGUCGGUAUCCUUGGUAAACGAAAAGAAGACGGAAGUCAUUCAGCAGGAUCUAAUUUCAAUGGAACCUGUCAGCAAAAAUGAAGACAUUGCGCCGGUAGUGAAGGAGGCUACCACCAGGUCCAAGCUCAAGGGAUUCGGCCUCGGCAAGCUGAUAUCAUCUUCGGGUUCGGGUUCGGGUUCGGGCGGCGAGAAGAAAGGUAAUAAUUAUGUGACACUGCCACCCUCACCGAAAGCGACGACCAGAAUGUCUUCCAAAAGUGCAACCGAACUGCCAGCCCCACCUACACCUCCCCCACCCCCAGCACCGGAAUCACCGGAAAAGGUCUUUCAUGGGUCUCCGGAUGACAUUCUCACAAAGCCGGAGUUUACGUCAUUGCUACUGAAGAAUCUGCCCGUGCGGCAGAGGAAAGGGGCAGUGCCGCACUUGGAAAACUACUGCCUGUUUGAUCCUUCGGUAGAUUUUUUCAACGAGAAGGAACACAAAAUGCGACCGAUUCCGGAAUCGGUCGAGUUAGCCGAUCCCAUUCUGUACCAGAAUCCGUUGAUCUACGAUGCCGUCGAUCGAGAUUCGGACAACUAUUUCACCCUCGAACCCGAUGAGUUCGACGUGGAAACCAAGAACCGGUUGUCUCUGGAGAAGGUCGAAGAAAAGAUCGACGAAAUUUUCAACAAAACACGAACCUCGUCAUCCUCCAGCGGAUCCAGUCCUGACUAUCCGUCGAUGGUGAAUUCGGUGAUCGAAACUCCUUCGUCGAAUCUGGAAUCCACCGACGAAAGUGACUACGGAUUCCGGAAUCGUUUGAUUGACCAGUUGAAGGUAGUUACCAAAUCGAUAUCCGGUUCAAUCAACGGUGACCAGCAGGAAUCGUCGUACUACGGCGUGGUAACCAAAACAGCUGUCAGUGAGUUCGGCCGACUUCAUCGCCCGUCGACUUCGCUACCGAAUUCGCCCCUGCAACAAAGGAAAAGUGAUGAAUCAUCAUCCUCUUCGCCACCCUCCAGCUCAAAAACGAACGACUCCUCGUCCUGUAAUGAAGCUUCAUCCGCCCUCGGAACAACAGUCGGCUCCGAUGGACCAUCUUCAAUCAGCCCCCCUGCCUCCUCAUCGGAUUCACCAGCAUCCCUACCGUCUUCAAAGGUGACGAAAAUUAAAUCAGACCCAUCCUCGGCUGCCGUCGUCGCCACCACCAGUAGCAAGGUUCACUUUCUCCCACUCCUGUCCCAUCCGGCCUUUUCAUUAGAUUCCCUCAAAUCCAGCGUCUCCCUGCCACAUUUGCAGAAAUCCUCCACCGGGGCAAUCAGUAAAAACAACUCCCACCCACUCCAACACCACCACCACCACCCCUAUCAGCAGCAGCAGCAGCAGCACCACAAUCAAACUUUGGCAGCAACCCGAAAUGGUUCUCUCGACGCGACGCCACUCUUCAGUCGGCUUCGCAAACAGCGUCCACUAUCGAACCACAGCGACGCCGAUAGUGGAUUUCUCAGCCCGGUGACUCCUCCGGAUUCCACCGGGCACAGCAUGCAGAAUCAAAUUCUUGCCGCCGAGCAGCAACAUCCGAACAACGGCAACAGUGACACCACGGUAGUGGUUCUGGAGCAGUGCGACAGCAUCCAGGAGUUGAUCCAGAUCUACACCGACUGGGCCAACUACUAUCUGGAGCGUGCCAAGUCGAAGAAGAAGGUCUCCGACCUGGCGGCCGACUGUCGCGAUGGACUGCUGCUGGCCGAGGUGAUCGAAGCGGUCACCACGUGGAAAGUACCUGAUUUGGUGAAGAAACCAAAAACUCCUCAACACAUGUUCGACAACGUCAAUUCCUGUCUCAACGUUCUGAGACAGCAUCAGGUUGGCGGACUCGAUUCCAUCACCCCGAACGACAUCUCCAGUGGACGGCUGAAAGCAGUACUGCUGCUCUUUUUCGCCCUAAGUCGAUAUAAGCAACCGACGCGACAGAAGGUAGCAGCGCCAGUCGGCUACAUACAUCACCAGCAGACGACGAAAGUGGAAAUUCAUGCACCACCAGCCGAGAUGACCAAUCGACAACUGCCGGUGCCCUACGCCAAACCAGGGGUCAAUGGAGGUUCGGCCAUUCCGCAGCCGGCGACCGUCAUGGUCACCCGGCGAUGUCCACCGGAUAAAGUGCGACCGCUGCCACCGACCCCGAACCAGCAGACGGGACUCCAUCCGGGACUGCAGAAACAUACGCUUGUUGGUGGUGUUGGCGGUGGCGGCAGUAUUGGCUCCGGUGGUGGACUGAGCGGUGGAAGCGGAAACACCCCCCACGAUGGCAACAGCUGCCCUGGGAGUCCGCAGCAUAAUGGGACGGCGAUAAUCACACAGAUCCCGAAAGGCGGCAGCAGUCUGCGCCUUCCACAGUCCACCUGCAAGAUCCCGGCCAGCCCGUAUUUGACCCAGACGGCCAACGGCAACCACAACAAUAACAAUCUAAACAACAACAAUCUGAACGCCGUGGUCCUUAUUCCGAAUGGAAACGUUUCCAAUCUGCCCACACCGGCACCGAACGGUAGCAGCGGUGGAGGAACCCAGCAGAAGCAAUCGAUGCUGGAGAAACUGAAACUGUUCAACAGUAAGGAUAAACAGGAUAAGACUGCCAAAUCAACCAUAUCGAAGCGUACGAGCUCAAGUAGUGGAUUUUCCUCGGCCCGAAGCGAACGGAGCGAUUCCAGUCUCAGUCUGAACGAGGGCCCGGUGGGAAAGAGCAAGGAAUCAGGGAUCAAGAAAACGGACACUGCCAACAGUGGUGCCAAACUGUCAUCAUCGUCAUCGAAAUCAUCGAAACUCAUCUCAUCCAAGUCCAGCUCGAAGGAUGCUGGAUCGAAGGUUUCAGGGAAGCUGACCGAUAAGGGGAAGGCCAAGGAUCAGCUCGUCGAGACGCACAUUCCGAUCACACCGAAAGCGCACAAAAUUCCGACGGCCAUGACGACGUCCACCAGCAGUGGCAGCAGCAGCAGCAAUCCGAAGACAGAAUCCAAACUGAAACCUGCCUCUGUGGGAAGUUUGUCGUUGUCGGGCAGCAGAAAACUUGAAGUAAAAUCCGAAAGUAAAACUAGUUUACUUCAGCAGCAGCAGCAGCAACAGCAGACACAACAACCGAAAACGGUGGUGGCUCCACCGUCAGUAGGCACUGGGAUUCCGAAACCGAUGGCCGCUGUGAAAGGAACUAGUAAACCAACACCGCAACAGCUCCAACAGGACUUCAAACCGAAAGACGACUUAGCCAAGUUGGACCGGGCACUGUCCGGGUUCGGAGGACUUCAGAAUGGAUUAGUUUCACCGCAACAUCAUCAACAUCCACCUACGCAUCAAAAUAACAUAUCAAACAAUAACAGUGAACGAAUGACAACGGUGGUCAACGCGAUUAGUGUUAGUGGGAAUAAUAAUGUCCUCGGAAGUCCUCUCCACAAACAACAUCCACAUCAGAACCAAAUACCGAGCUGUAUGAGUGACAGCAUGCACUCCAACUCAACACAAGGAGCGUCCAUCGGUCAACACUCGAAUUCCAGUGAGUCAAGUAGUGUCGUCUAUAGGCCCAGUGGCUCCGAAAGUGGUUCCGAACAAAUGUCAAGCCUUCACUCGCCACAAAAAUCGUCGCCUUCCUUCCUAUUCAACGAUGUCAAUUUGAACAAUGCCAAUAACAACAAAUUCAACACCGUUCCGAGUAAAAUCCUGAACACUGCCCCGCAACCGAAUGGCACCAUCUACGAGCAGGAGGAAAAACAAAUCACCGUCGUCCCGAUGCGGCCGUUGCUACGCGGCUACAACAGUCACGUGACGCUACCGACGCGUGGCACCCGCGGGCAUCAUUUCAUGUCCGAAUACUGUGAGGAUCUAGGAGGCCAAGGCUACUGCAGCGAUGGUGACGCGUUACGGAAAAUACCCGCCCGCUAUUCGGACUCUAUGGAAAAUGGUUACCUCUCGGAGGGUGGUGGCGGAGGAGGAGGAGGAGGCGGCACCAGUAUGCUAACGGCCGCCGGUCGCCAACAGUACAUCAGUGCGCUGAGGAAUCGAACACCGCUGCCUACUACGAUCGAAGAGAGAUGUCGUAGCAGCCGAGGAGAUAAUCUGGAUAGUUUAGGAAACGACCGGUCGGAGUCCGCUAUGGAUGGUAAACUUUCACGUCCGAACGGUCGUGAAUAUUGGGGACGUUUACCGGAACCACCGGUGGCUCACAACGGUCACGACAAUCAGCAACCACCACCACCACCGUCAAGUGGUCAAAGCCAACAAGGAUCGCAACCACCGAGCCCCACAUCCAGUCGAAAGGACCGCGGUUCACCGAGUCAUUCCAGAAAGAGUAGCUCCUCGUCGAAAAUUGCUGGUAGCCGAACGAAGGGAGUACCGCAGAGUUUCGGAUAUGUAAAGAAGACGAAUGGAAGUACGAUGCACGGUGUGGACCAACAGGGCCAACAAUUGCUAGCGGGAGGCCGCACAGCUCACGUUUCGGCAGUGCCCAGAACCAGUAAACUGAAGGUUUCCGGCGGUACCCAAACUACCACAGCUGAUUUUCAAGCUAAAUCCCAACAACAACAUGCACAGUAUCGCAGUUUUUCACUGACCGGACCAGGAGCAGCACAGCUCAGCCAAUCGGUUAAAGAAAGGUUUGGUUCCGGAACGCAUAGUUUGCCUAAGCCCGGUUUAGAUAUGCAUGUCUUCCAACAUAGAAUGUCCACCCGCGGAUCCACUAAGCUCAACGACGGUAGCCUUAGCGAUACGCAAACCUACGCCGAAGUGAAGCCCGACUACGGUAGCUAUGCGAUGUGGCUCCGCCAUUCGAGUACGGCCUCGAGUCGCCUGUCCGAAGGCGAAUCACUAGAGAGUUUUUCUCUCGGCAGUGGUGGUGGCAACGGUGGUGCUGGUGGUGGCAGCAAUAACUCCGGUUCUGGCAUCCCUGGUGCCGGAAAUAACACCAACACCACGAACCGGCCAAGCAAACUGCUGCACCAUGUCCGUGGUGAGACACAACCUGCCAUGCACCAACACCAACACCACCACCACCAUCACACAGCCACCACGCAUAGCCCACGGUUGAACAGAAGCAAUAGCAUAAGCUAUUUGAAAGAAAGGACCUACCCCAGAUCCACCAAAUCGGAAAAGAUGUACCCCUCGAUGCUGAGCCGUGGACCGGAUGUGGAUAUCGAACCGUACUACUGUCUGCCGGUGGGAAGUGUGACGGCCGGCAACGGCAUGGUGCCCUGGAGUCAACCGACUUCGCCGACACCGCCGGCCCGGGGUUUCGGUGGGCUACUAUCACCCACGCACACCAACCCGGCCCAUCGGUUAACCUAUCCGAAGAAGAAUGAUGAAGUGCACGGAAGUCAGGCUUCGCUUCUUUCCGGUGGGUCGUCACUUUACGGUUCCGCAGAAGAACGACAGGCCACGGAGGUACGCCGGCUCAAGCGGGAACUGACGGACGCCCGGGAUCAGGUGAUGAGCCUUUCCAGCCAGCUGUCAACGAAUGCGCACGUCGUAGCGGCAUUCGAACAAAGUCUAGCCAACAUGACCCAGCGGCUGCAAAUGCUGACGGCAACGACGGAGAAGAAGGACAGCGAAAUCCUAGACAUGCGUCAAACGAUUGAACUGCUGCGGAAGCAAUCGAUCCAGGCUGGCCUAACUACCGCUCAUAUGCAGAGUAUGGGCGUACAAGUUAACGGGCAGGUCAAUGGAAACGGAAACACAGAUCAGACGACGACAGCGCCGCCACUGCCACCAGGCGCGGAAAUGCAAAGGCACCAUAGCUCCGACUCUAUGUGCUCGUUGAAUUCUGUCAGCUCUGGUUGUUCGGCGCAGGACAAAAAGAAAAAGAAGGGAUGGCUCCGAAGUUCCUUCACCAAGGCCUUCUCUCGCAAUGCAAAAAUCUCCAAAACCAAUCGGCACGUCAGUCAGUCUUCGAAUCUGGACCAAACGACGACGGCGACGUCGGCAUCAGCAGGAUCGGGAGCGGGUAACGGACACACCCAUCACCAUCAUCACCACCAUCAUCAUCACCAUGGCAAUAACAAUAAUAAUAACAACAACAAUAACAACAAUGUUACCAAUGGCAACGAUCAAAAGUCGCUGUCCAGUGGUAGUGGAAGUGACAAACAGUUAUCUGGAAAGAUGCCACCAAACUCGCAACUGCCGCCACCGUCACCGACGAAGAAUGGCAGUCCGUUGAAAACGGUGAUGUUGGUGGAGAAUGCUAAACCAAUUGAUGCAAUCGAGCUGAAUGGCAACCCGGUGGUGGAAGAUCUGAAAAAGCAACUACGCGAGAAAGAUCUGGUUCUGACCGAUAUCCGACUGGAAGCGCUAAGUUCGGCUUCGCAACUAGAAAGUCUCAAGGACACGCUAAUGAACAUGCGCCAGGAGAUGCUGAGUCUCAAGCAAAGUAACGAGCGAUUACAACGGAUGAUGACAACCCGAUCGUUAGCCGGGAGCGAGGUGUCACUCGGUCAGGUCAGCCCCAAUGGAUCGAUGGGUGAGCCUCGCCGGUACAGUUUAGCAGCGGACAAUGGAAUGUCCCGGACACCGCUUGAGCUGCCACAAAAUCUGGAUGAGACCGAAGAAGACAAUAUUCCUCCGGCUCCGGCACCGGAACCACCUCCAGCUCCCUUGAGUCCAGCAAUAAUAGCAGAACUAUCCCCAACAAUUGAACGUGCUGCGAUGGUUAGCGAGAUGCUGACCACUCCAGCGGAGGACGUGGCCGAUCCGGUCGAUGGGAAAAAGAUUGCCAUUGCCGUCUAUCUCGGACAGCCGGAAUCAUUCCCCAAGUAUGCGGAGGAGAUGAACGAAUGUGAUAAUUAUUACCAUUCCUCGCCGGAGGAUGGAGAGAAUGGGAAAUCAGCGGCCGAGAACGGUGACAAGAGUCGGAAGUCGUUCUCAGGCACGCCCGAGGUUAACAAUUCUAGUCCAAACGAGUUCACCUUUGCUUACACGUACAUCUCCGGGAAAACCACGUGGCAGAAUUUGGAUUACAUUGUGAGGAAGACUUUCAAAGAUUAUCUAGGAAAAAUUGAUCCGGGAACGAAUCUGGGCUUGAAUACGGACUCGAUCACGUCCUAUCAUCUGGGUGAGGCGAAACGUGGUCCCGAGAUGGGAUUCCCCGAGCUGUUGCCUUGCGGGUACAUCAUCGGGAAUGUGAAAACUUUGUACAUUUGUCUGCAGGGAGUCGGUAGUUUGGCUUUCGAUAGUUUGAUUCUGCGGAACAUUGUGCACCGGUACAUUUCCCUGCUAACCGAGCACCGACGGUUGAUUCUGUGCGGUCCAAGUGGCACGGGUAAAUCUUAUCUGGCGAGAAAGUUGGCCGAAUUCCUGGUGGCACGUUCCGGAAGGGACAAUCCUGCCGAAGCGAUAGCGACUUUCAAUGUUGACCACAAAUCCUCCAAAGAGCUGCAGCAGUAUCUUGGCCACAUCGCCGAACAGUCAUCGAUGUCCGAGGGUGCCGUGGAAGAACUACCAGCUGUGAUAAUCCUGGACAAUUUGCACCACGCGUCCGCGCUCGGUGAUGUGUUCUCCUGCCUACUGAGUGCCACCGCCGCCAAACUGCCGUGCAUCAUCGGAACGAUGUCGCAGGCCACCUGCAACACCACCAACCUGCAGCUGCAUCACAACUUCCGAUGGGUCCUAACCGCGAACCACAUGGAACCGGUGAAAGGGUUCCUUGGGCGCUAUCUGCGCCGGAAGCUGUUCACGAUGGAACUGCAAUCGCAGCAGUCCCAGUCGCAGUUGGAAAAAGUCCUCAAGUGGCUUCCGAGUGUGUGGCAGCACAUCAACAGUUUCCUCGAAACGCACAACUCCAGCGAUGUUACCAUUGGCCCCCGUCUAUUCCUGUCCUGUCCGAUGAACCUGCAGGACUCGCAGGUUUGGUUCACGGACGUUUGGAAUUAUCAUCUGGCACCCUAUCUGAUGGAUGCCGUCCGUGAGGGGGUUCAGCUGUACGGACGCCGCGGAGGAACCUGGAUCGAUCCGUGUACAUUCAUUCGCGAGACGUACCCGUGGCCCGUGGGGCCAACGACGGUUCCACAGCUGAGGCAAAUCACUGCCGACGACGUUGGUCUGGAGGCAAGCGCUCCGGCUAACUCCGAAAAUCAGGAUCCACUGUUGAAUAUGCUCAUGCGACUGCAGGAAGCGGCCAACUACAAUGGCAACCAGGAGCCGGACUCCGACUGUGCCAGUUUGGAUUCGAACAUGACCCACGACAGCUCGGCUGGGGUUGACUAAACGGGCACGACCAAACGAGAAAAAAAAGGCCUUUGCCAGGGAAACACUUUACACUUGAACGCAGAACAGUAGUGAACGCACGGAGGUGGAUGUUAGAGAAUAUUAUACACUGGAAAUUGAUACUAAUAUUUACAGAACUUUUUGGGCAAUUUUUUAGCAGAGCAGCAAAAUCUAACGUAGUCAAAUAGCAAACGAUCAAAUGAGGCGUGUUGAGAGAGAGAACUAUUUUGAUUUAUUUGGCGUUCGGUUUGGUUCGGUUCGAUUAAUUAACACGGAAAAACAGAGUGCGUAGAAAAAAAAUUGACGUCACGUAAAUUCACUAUCAUGCUCCCAGGAAAAACCCACCCCAAAACCGCUCAAUAAAUUGAAUAAAUUCAGAAGAGAGGCAAUCUAGAAAGUGUUCGGUGAAGCAGCCCGAAACGGACUGCUUUCGUGUACUGAUGAUCAAUAAUAAAUGCCCGCAGCCAGUAGAGUGUGAGGCCGGGGCGGUUCUUCGGAUGUAUAACUACAAUAUAAUUAAAGCUAAUUGCGAACCAAACCCGAAUGUGUAUCCCCGGCCAGGUCAAGUGCGGUGCAUUUACCGGCGGCUGGUCAAGUAGACGCCGCCGGACGAGGUGUGCGGUCCAAAUUGAUUGCAUUAAUGUUAUUAUUUUUGGAAAAUAUUAAUCUUUUUUUUUUGUUUUGCUCAUACCGAGAAGCGUUUCGGUUUUUGUUUGAGAAAAAUUGAAAACGGCUACCGGGUACUUCAAUCGAUUAUCGUGUAUUUUCGAUUGUUGAUCAUUGUGAAAUGUAGGUCAAUCAGUUAUAGGAUGCUUUGUUGUUCGAACACAUUUGUACUGUGCUCCAUUAAAUCAUGAGCAAAUGCUUUCGAUAUGAUAAAUUUUAUCCCUAGAGAAUGUAGGAUUAUUGUACCGUUAGUCAGCUCAUUAAAACCGCAGGAAAAAAGUUCGUUAAUUGUGCAAUACUGCUGAAUGCCCCUAUUUUCAUUUUAUCCUGAGUCAAUAGAUUGAGCAGAUGCAGCAUGUCUCACCUAAACUUGUGAUUUUAAUAAAAUGACUACAGAAGCUGAGAUGACUGGAGGCACCGUCUCCUAGUUUGGACAGAGCUUUGCUCUCGUGGCUUUUGUUUUCAGCACUGCACCGAGAAAAAAUUUCAAACAGCUGAAUUUUAUUUUCUUGGGUAGUUGAAACCCUAAAACAGGUGUAUUUAUUCACAAAGAAUUAUAUUACUAUCGGUAAAGUUGGUUAAAAUUAUAGUCGGUAAAUGCUCAAACACCAAACCUAUACAGUAUCAGUGAAUAGUAUACAUUCAGGCGAUUCUUGUCUAUGCACGUUUGACGAUAUUACCAAGCUUGAAUUUCAGCACGUAGCAUACAUUUAAGCGCUUUCGAUGUUUUGCUCACGUUCAAUAUUAUCGAUGCUGGUUUCGUAGGAAUUUAGUAUUGAUUAGGGUAAUGGAACCAACAUUCAUUUAAACUGCACCGUUGUUUUGGCUCAAUGAAUGCAAUAAAAAUUCUUACAUGAUGCAUGAUCAAAACUAAAUCAUUGAUUUCUACAAAAAAAAAACAUGCAAUGGAAUAUUAUUUAUCAUUAUUUGUUGCGAUAAUAGUCGACUUAAUUGUAUUCUAAACUUUUUAGAAUUGUCAUACAAGAAAAAAUUUACGAAUCAUGGUGAUAAUGCCAUAUUUGUUGGAUAUCUUCAAAAGUGGACUCCCUAACUGUAGCUUAGUCUACUGGAUAGGAGGUAAGAUUUGCUAUUUACAUUGUCUCAUUUAAUCCGGUUUAGAAGGAUAGAUGGACUCGGAAGAACGAAAGAAAGUUCAUGUCCUCAUUUCUUCUUAUUUAGAACUCGUUUUUCAAGGGUCGAAGAUCCGUGCAGCUCAUAGCAUGUUCCCUUCUUUAUAUUGCGGUGAAAUUGAGAGAGCUAUUCAGCUGCGGUUCUUUUAAAACGAGCUGUCAGCUCAUUUUUAUGAUUCCAUUCACUGGAACAGCUCAGGAGCGAAUUGUCCAUCUCUACACAAAACUUCCACUUAAAGACUGUCCCAGAAAGUAUGGACGCAAUUUGAUUUCGCUGUAAAUAAUUCACAAGUGUUAGAUAUUCAAAUUUUAUUCGAUAUACUGAUAACAUUAUUCUCAACAACUAGCUGGCGCAUCUUCUUGCGAACAUUCCUCAUUAAAUUUCGUAGAAGUCUUUCUUGGCGACAAGUUUUGACACUUUUUUCCAACCUUUUUCGAACUGUUGAAUGGUUUCAGCUGUUGAGACAUGUUUUCUAAGAUGUGCCUUCGUUAAUGCCCAAAAUUCUUCAAUUGGUCGAAGUUGUGGGAAAUUUGGUGGAUUCAUGUCUUUUGGGACGAAAGUGUCAUUUUUGGUAAAAUACAUUCUACCGUUGAUUUCGAGUAGUGGCAAGAAGCAAGAUCUUGCCAGAAGACAACAGUAUCCUUGUGGCUUCGAAUCAUGGGUAGAAGUCGUUUUUGUAAACAUUCCUUGAUGUAUAUUUCGCUGUUCAUUGAAGCAGUGGUGAUGAAGGGUUUCGAAAUCUUACCGCAGCUACAAAUUGCUUGCCAGACCAUAGCUCUCUUGCCAAAUUUUUCGACUUCAAUCGAUGUCUCGGACUGGUUUAACACUUGUCCUUCUCGCACCGUAUAAUAUUGUGGUCCCGGCAAGGAUUUGUAUUCGAGUUUCACGUAGGUUUCGUCGUCCAUGAUUAUGCAAAAUUCAAAUUCAAAUUUCCAGCAAGAAUCGUAUUGUACAGCUUUCGAACCCUCGGCCUGAUCGAUGCUUCUUGUUUCGGACUAGGUUUUGGUUGUUUCUGCUUCUUAUGGGUUCGAAGAUUCAAACGUUCUUUAGCACGAAGAACAUUUGACUUCGAAGUGCCCACUUUUUAGGCCACACCCCGAACUGAAACCUCCUUCUUUUGCUCGAACGCCUUCAGUAUACGUUUAUUCAACUGAGGGUUAGCAGGACCUUUUUUUCGAUCCGUUUUCGGUUUAUCCUCAAAGGUGUUAUCCUCACCGAACUUCCUGAUUGCAUUUCGCACGGUUUUUUCACUUACUCCUUUUAUUUUUGCUAUCUUUCUCAGUGACAGUCCGCGUUCUGUGCACCAUUUGUACACAAUUUUUCGACGUUGUUCUGCUGAAAGUCCACGCUUUUCGAAACAAACUAAUGAAAACGAAUAAACAACUGCAAAAGUGGUUAGAGAAGAGUGUAAACAACAGGACGCAGCCAUAAAAAUUGACAGAUUCUGCACCAUUGCGAAAUGGCCGUGCUUUUUGGUUGCGUCCAUACUUUCUGGAGCAGUCUUUAUUAUAUAAAAUGGUGGAAUAAAACGGAAUUUAUUUUCUUUUAAAGCGACUAAAUGAAUAUUUACAGUAUUAAAUCGUUAACGCUUGUACAUUUUAUAUUAGCACUUUAUAAUCAUAUACAGCUAAUUAUGACUAUAACAACGCUUACGUAAAUACAGUGUUUUAAGCAUUCAAAUUCCAAAUAUGUAGCCCACAUGCGAUUUCAGUGCUAUCACCUAAUGCUUACGGUUGCUUGUGUAGGCUUAUCUGAUCUUGCAAUAACAAACUUGUCUGUUUAGGGUGUUAAUGUUGAAAUUUAUUUGGCAGUUACAAUGAAGAACAACUUUCAAUUGAUAAUCAGAUUUAACUAAGUAUCAAGUUAGCUUAGGCUCAAAAUUCGUUAAAAAAAGAACAAAAAAUAUUAUUCCUGCAUUUUUUGGGCAAUUUGACGAAUGGAUAAAUCUGAUUAUGAACUGAUGAUAAAUUGUUUUCAGAAAUUGUAUAGAAAAAAUAUGAUAGCAAUUUUGUUUAUUUUUAAUUUUCAUUAAAAUAUGUUCAUAUGAUAAAAAAUCGUAUGACUUAGUUGAAAAUUUGAUGUAAAUUUUCUUUCUACAAUAACUUUCUGGCAAUUUUUUUUCAACGUUUUUUUUAGAACGAUCAAAUAGAAUCAACAUAUCAAACAAAAAAUACAACCUUGACCAAAAAAUAAAAAUAGUGAUUUUUUCUGGAACGAUUUUACGAAUUCUGACAUCACAUCAGAGCAAUACGAAAUCGAAGGUCAGUUUUUUGUUGUAUUUCUUGAUAUGACUCAAAUUUUGCAUAUGCAUUUUUUAUAUUCAAAAAAGACAAUUUGCAUCAGAAGUUUGUCAGUUUUAAUCUAGCGUUACUCUUGAGAAGCAAAAAUCCCUUAAAAAUUUGAGUGUCUUGUGAGUCCGAUCGAUUUGGUGUCUUCUGCAGUGUUUUAGGUAAUUAUAAGGACUAUGAAAAAAAACUUAGCACUGUUGAAAAAAUAUUACCAACUAUCCCAGAUAUCUUCAAACCUCAAGGUGUAUGGUUUUUAUGAUACAUAGAAUAGGUUGUUAGGCAGGUCUGAUGGUACUUUUACAUGCGGAAAGGUUCAAAGAUUAUCCAAAAUCGUUACAAAAAAAAAUCCCGAUUUUUAUUCAAACCGCUGUAUCUCAAGAACCGUAGCAUAUAGCAAAAUUUUUAAUAACAUCUUUUUCAUUGGAAAUUUAACGUUCUUUCAUAAAAUUUUAUUGAAAAAUAUUUAAAAAAAUGCUUGUCAUGAUUUUCAAAAAUUUACAUUCUUUUGAAAAUAUGUAACAUUUUCUGGUAUUGUUUCUCUGCUUUAGAAAUUUGACACUAUUUUAAUUUGGACUUCAGCUACAACCUAUCAGAAAAAAAUACUUUUUUCUGAUAUUUGAAUUUUAAAUGUUCUUUUUAAAAAUAACCAAUGAAAAUUUUUUUUCAACCGUACUCACAUAGUCCUUAAGGGCUGAGGACAGCACCGUAAAGUGGUAGGUUUUUUGCUAUUUUCCCGUUUCAAAUUAAAUUUUCUUGGAAACGAUGCAGAAUAUAGAAAAACCCACCUGAAAAUGUCUUCGGAAUUCAGUUGAGAAUAUUCUGUGAAAUUUUCAGAAUGAUUCAUCGAGUUUAAGGGUCGUGUUGUAUUCUUUUCUGACUGAAGAACUGCUGAAAAUUGGAACGCUCGGAAAUGCAUACCUCUACGUGUUCAUCGAAUAUCUCGGCCUUGAAGGCUUGUAUCAUAAAUCUACCGUGAAAAAGUCUAGAUAAUUUAGUUUAGAUGCGAUUAGUACAUAAAAACAUAUAUGUUAUCGCGAUAAAAAUAAAGUCUUGUAUUUUUCUGUGAAACAAAGUCAAUUUCAAUGCAUCCGCCAUUUUUUUUCGCUUUGGUUUCCUGAUAGCAUUCUGAAAAAGAAGCGAGAAAUAAUAUUAACUCGACAAGGCUGCCAAACACACAGACAUUCAAUCUUUGUGAAAGUUGAAUAUUUUUUCAUUGUUCAUUGGAAUCCAUUUUAUGUCCAACCUAGAGUGACUAUAAUCAGAGUGGCGACAGCUGUUCGUUUGGAAUGACAGCUACCAGUUCCAAACGAGCAAACGACCUGUCAAUUCAAUGUAAAGCUAAUGGAAUGUUUUUAAUUGUUGCCAGCAUUACGGAUGAGAUGUCGUCACUCUGGUUAUAGGCACUCUAGUCCAACCCAUACGAUAGAUUAAUGUGAUAAAACUUCUCAUCAAAAUAAUAAAAUGUAUGCUGGCAACCCGGUACAGUUUGCUCAUAUACGAGAGAGUACAAGAGAAAUACGAUGCGCAAAGGGAAUUGAGUGAACCACGAGGUCGAUUUAAAACUCAACACGCGACCCUCUGUCCUCAGACCUUAAUGGCAUUUAUUUUCGGAACUGAAUCGCAACAACGUGUAAAUACAGCACCAGAAAAGCUCACUCCUUUGGUUAUAUACUGGAAUUCUUCUUCUUCUUCUCUCUGGUUGGCCUCAAUUCACUUGAGAUGACGUCUAUUGAUGGCACAGAUAUCUUAGGUAUGUUGCAAGUUAUCUUCGUUUUUAAUUCAUUUGUCAAAGUCGACUAUUUCGAAUUCUCUUCGCACUUCGCAUGAGAAAGGAUGGCGUAUUGUGAAUUCCACCGAUAGUCGUCCUAGUUCUCAAAUCACAUGAGGUCACUAGUACAAAUCAAAAUACAACUGAAAAGUUGUAUCGACUGUCACUUCACGUUUCUCACAGCCUUCUGCAGCUCUGACCACUCAUAAUUGCGUUGCUAAAACCAGCAUUGCAUUUUUCCUUUUAAACUACCAGCGCCUACUUGUCUGAAAUCAAUUCAGUUCAUUACUGUAGCCAGUUGAAGGCAGAAUCAUGUCACCCAUCUACUCGCAUACGAAUGCACUACACUUGACAGGCGGGAGGUUCGCAACAAAAAAAAAGAAUUACCAAUACUAGCUACAUGAAAAAACCAUGCAGCUUAAGCAAAAUAAACGAAACCGGAAACAAUAAUUAAAGUGUAGAAACUCACAUCAACAAGCAAAGAUAGUUUCCCUUAAAAUUAGCAUUUGUAUAGAGACAUCUACCCUUUUCAAAUCGUUGUCGGACGCUAUUUUUGAGUCACAAGUGAAAAAAAACAGAAACUGAACAUUUAUACAAUUGCGCCGUAAGAAGGAAAUCGAUAUGAAGAUAUGAGGAACCCAAAAACCCGUUAGGCUGUAAAUAUAUAAAUAUAUACAAAAAAACACGGAACCGAUUUAAUAAUAAAAAUACUUAUAUGCCAUAAAUAGGAGUUUAGAUAGCAAACUAAAUGAAAUCACUCACACGUUAGAAAAAAAAGUAACACGUAUCUCAUUGUAUAGUUCUUGUUUUUCUGUUUUGUACUGCAGUGUAGAAUUCGCUUCAAAAGCUUUAACAUUUCGCUUAUAAUUAACGCCAAUGGGAAUAUAUUUUUUUCUCAUCGUAUUCCUCGAACAGUAACUUAUUCGAUAUACAUCGUAAACUCUACUGAAAUCACAACUCAUCGUUAUGCGUCAUCCCGUCAUCAAAUAAAUAGCUAUGUGUUUGAAAAUAUACAACCUAUCAUCAACUGUCAUACCGAACAAAACGCAAAACAAAAAAAAAACAGACUUUCCAAAGAACCCGACCGCAGAUUCCCUUAACCCAUCGUCAUCGUCCUACCCAUGGGAUUGCGUCUAACGCACGCAACUCGCUAAUUGGCUCAAUUGCCUUACUUUAAAUUGUCGAAAGGAUCAAACGUAACAGAAAAAGGGGAAAAUCUAGCUCGGGGGCAGUUUAAUUGCAGCCCACCAGGGCAGGAGACGAAAGAUGAAGAGAAAGAAAAAACUUUGCAAAUCUUAUGAAGCAUCAUCAUCCACGCGGAACAGAAUUCAUAAUUCGUUCCAAUUGAACCGUCAUGAUGUCAAUACGCCAGACGGUACCCAACCCUCAAUUGAACGGUUUGAUUAGUGCUUAAUAGGGAAGAAUACACGCCAGAGAAACCGGGCUGCUGGUAGCUGGCAGCGAUGAGGAGAUCAGAUAGAAAAACCUAACCUAAUCUGUAAUAUGCCAAUUUAUUAAUAACGACUAAUCGUAGCUUUCGGAAGGAGAGUGUUUGUAAAGGAGGGAGGGGGCGCUAGUGUUCCGGAACACUCCAGAGAUGGGAGGGAAACAAAACAAAACAACACAAACUGGAAUCAACUAUUAUUAAUACUAUUAUAAUUAUUAUUAUUGCUAUUAUUAUACAAACAGACGACGGCAGCAGCAGUUGCGAAGAAGGCGACCCAAAACCUUAUUGAACACUGAAUUCAAUAAUAAACCAACCAAUGGAACGUGAUUUAAAUUAUUUAAAA